CUUGAAUUUUCCCCCAAUUUUCUGCUUUUCGUGCCUCCGUCGAUCGCAAUACCAAACCCAUCAUUUCGAAUGAACAGCAAUAAGAAUUAUCCUGCGAAAUCAGGUUCUGGAUGCAUUAUUGAAUCCGCCAUGGAUGACCUCGAUCUCGACGCCGCGAGCUGGGUUCUCGAUUUCCUCUUGCGGAAGCCGCUCGAGGAGCGGACGCUGAAUUCGCUCCUCGGCGCGCUGCCGCUCCCGAAGGACAACCCCAAACUGCAAAAAAUCAUAUUGCUGAAGAAACUCGAGUUCGAGCUCUCGCCGCCUUCGUUUUCCGAAGCCACGCUCGAUUUGCUGGAGCAGCUGGACGGAAUUGAAUGCCGGAGAGGGAAUGAGGCAUCGAACGCCUUAAAAUCGGCGUAUUGCUCUGUGGCGGUGGAUAUUACGCUGAGGCCUCUGAAACACGGAGACGACAGCAAGUUUAUUCUUUUCGAGACUGUGAAACGGGUUUGGCGGGGGAGGAUUGGGAAGAUUGAGAAGAGUGCACAGAGAGGGGGCCUCGGUUCCGAGCAGCUGUGGGUGUGGAAGGAUGAAAUUGAAGUGGCGGUGUGGGAGGAUAGUGUGUGCCAGAGUGUUUUCAAGAAAUUUGAUAGAGAUUCGGCGGAGAAGGCUGUUAGGUUUUAUCUGAAUGAGGAGAGAGAUAAAAUGGGGCCUUCAUUUCUUGAAUCAGUGGCUGCUGGACUGAAGAGUGGGGAGGGUUUGUUCAAAUUUAAGCGAAUUGAAGUGAUUAAACGAGUAGCUGAAGAAGAAGCGUUGUCUCUUAGUGUUGUUAGGGCUGCGAAUGGAAGCAAUGGCAGCGUAGUGAUUAAGCCAGUAGCUGAAGAAGAAACGCUAUCUCCUUGUGUUGAUCGGGCUGCGAAUGGAAGCAAUGGCAGCAAAGAAAUGCACAAGGGGAAAAUCAAGCUUAAAGAUAAGCUUGUUGGUGUGAGACGUGUGAGAUCUACAGCUGGGAAUUCGAGAGGAGCAAAAAUUGUUGACUGUGACGAAGCUGAUGAGGCAGAGCCAUCGGGUAAGAUACAUAGAAGGUCACCACGCAGUGCAGAAACAAAUGAAGCUUGGGAAGCCCUUAAAAAGAGUUCGAAGGAGCUCCGAGCAUCUGUUAAGGAUCCCCUUCCUGAUGCAUUGCGACUUGCUGAUGCAAUCCACGACGGUCUGAGGCAGGAUAAGCGUCAAGAAGUGGCUGAAAACAGUAAUGUUGAACCCAGGCGGCAAGAUGAGUGUCAAGACAGGGCUGGAACCAGUAAUGAUGGACCCAAAAUUCCCGUUACAGAUGGUGAUAGAGUUGUUCAAUCUAGUGUUGCUAAUGCCAACAAUGUGCAUAGGUCAAGUUUGAUGAAACGGAACGGAACUGCUCGUACAUCAGAGUGGGAUGAUUCGAAUGAUGGAUCACCGAUUGACACAGUUCUCAAACCAUCGCCUUUGCGGCAGUAUGAUGGGAAGAGGAGGAGGAGAGCUCGGAAGUGGAGCCUUGAUGAAGAAGAAACUCUGAGAAUUGGAGUAGAGAGGUUUGGAAAAGGAUGUUGGAAGCGGAUCCUUGAUGAAUACAGAGACGCGUUUGAUGGCAGAACUGAUGUUGAUUUGAAGGACAAGUGGAGAAACAUGUGCAAGUAGUGACGAAGAAACAUGUCGUAUUUUGCAUGUAAAGGUAGAGCUUUGGUUAUGAGCUUCUUGACUCAAGUAGAUGCAGUUGAAUGAUGGUAGGUAAACCAGUAGAGGAAUAUGCUUGAUAAUGUGAAUAGAUUUUUGUAUAACUUGUAAUAGUUGGUAUAGUUUGGCUUAUGUGUUUUUAUUAGGUUGUAAGAACUUGCUGUGAAUGAAGGAUAAAAUAAUUCUCCUUGAA